AGAUGUGGAGGUUUUCCGAAAUGGAGAGAAGGUUGAAAUGCAGAGGAGGGGAAAAAGAAAUCGGAGGGUCUGGAGUGUUGGGGGUUGGUGCCCAGUGAGAGGGUGUUUGGGGCUAACCAGAAAGACACUAGAGCAUCGCACCCUCAGGUGCCCUUUUGAGGGGCAUAUGUGGAUGAAAUCGGGUCCUUCCUUCCUUUUUUCUUUUUCUUUUUUGUCUUUCAAGGGAGGGCAAGUAAUAUGGUAGCAAAGAUACAGGAGAAAGACGAGAGGUUCACCCCCUGUUUCUUUCACUUAGUGCCCAGGUCCUGCCCAGCCUCAGGAGACACAGAAUGUUCAGCUUAACAAAGAGAUGACUCUUGCCAACAACCGGAGCCUGGCAGAAGGAAAUCUUUUAUACCAACCACAACUGGACACUUUGAAAGCCAGUCUGACCCAGAAAUACCAGGAGCUACAGGUUCUCUUUGAAGCCUAUCAGAUCAAGAAAACCAAAUUAGAUCGGCAAUCCAGCAAUGCUUCUCUGGAGACAUUGCUCGCCCUUCUUCAAACAGAGGGAGCCAAGAUUGAAGAAGAUACUGAGAACAUGGCGGAGAAGUUCCUUGAUGGAGAGGUCCCUCUAGAUUCGUUCAUCGACGAAUAUCAGAACAAACGGAAACUAGCCCAUUUACGUCGAGUAAAAAUUGAGAAACUUCAGGAAAUGGUGCUCAAGGGCCAGAGACUUCCAAAGGCCCAAGUCCAGUUGCAGCCCAGGGUGCCAGAUCCAACACCAGCCCCCAUGGUGACCUACCCAGCUUCAGAUGCCAGUGUGCCCCCUUCGGUUGUGCCUCGGCGUAUUCCUCCACCACCACCCCCAGUCCCUGCUGGACGGUUCGCGACUCCAUUUACAGUGGCCAUGGGAUCAGGACAGGCUCUUCCGUACCCAGGAUUGCAGUGCCCUCCUCUUCCCCCCAGGAUGGGCCUUCCAUCUCUUAGUCACAACCCCCAGCCAGGAUACCCUCCUCAGUUUGCCUCACCGUACCCCCCGGCCCUCCCUCAGAGACCUCCUCCGAGGCUGCCUCCACACCCUGGCUUCAUCCUUCAGUGAGUCUGUAGGCGCACCUCCAUCCCUACGGCAGUGCUUUGAAGGAGUUGGUAUUGCUCCCUCUUCCCAUGAAACUUCCCCAAUCCAUGGGGUACCUUCUGGGCCUCGCACGCAUGGGAGGAGGAAAAUGUCAGACUGUCUUGUCUGGGGCCCCCAUUUCUUGUGGGGCCAGAACAUGUUGUGUUUUUAGAAUCAUAGUUUCUUUGGGAGGUAGUGUGACGCAACUUGAUUGGUGUAAUUCCAACGGGUUGUAUAAGCUGGGCUGGAGAAUGAAGCCAACAUCCUCAGAGUUUGUCUGCAGCUCUCAGUGAGAUGUCUUAACGUCCUAGUAUUGAUAGCUGAUUAAGUCGGGGUAGAAGAAAACCUUCCCUACCUGCCAUUAUUCCAGCCGUAUUCAGAGUUGUGUUCCCAUUGCAGUUCAUUUCAGCAUGUUUCAUUCUAGUUCUGUCUUCAAAGGCCAAUUCCACAUUGAUCGGGCUAGUAUUGGAUGGGCACUGUCUUUGCUUAGGGGCAAAGCAAGAUUGGGGUUCUCUGCUGCUUGUCAAAUCCCAAACGGGCACAGCAGUGUUACAUUGGGUCUAUUUACUUUUUCCAUGGAAUCUGCUUUUGGGGGGAGAUCAUUGCUAGCACCGUUCACCUUCCACUCCCCAAACCUUGCUGCUUUAAGAAGCCACACUGCAAAGUUUGCACUUGCCUACACGCUGUCUACACUUCCACAGCCUCAGAAAUCCAGGCCCUGUGGACAGCAUUGCAGAGAGAGCUGGGACUGGGGUUUUUGUAGUAAGGGUUCUGUACCUGAUACUUCCUCUUCAUCCCUCUCCUUCCCAUACCUGACCCCAAAGAGCUCACUCCCAAUCAUUUCGCUAAGAAAUAUUCCAGAAAUAUUUUUGCAACUUGUGAGAUUCUCCUGUUUUCUAUUAAAAAAAGAGCCUGAUGCUCACAGCACCAUUCAGGGAAACUAUCAAAAUAUAAAAUACUUAUCAUGCAGAUAAAAUGCAAAUUCCUCAUUGUUGCACGUCUGUGCCGUGCCUUAGGAUCACUGUUGGUGAUUGGACCUGUGAUUCUUGGUAGCCUUUCCAAUCACCUGAUGGCCACCUUUUUGACUCAAAGGGCUUGGGAAUAGGCUGCUAGGGAGGACUUUGUCUUAGUCUGGCUUGGGGGCACCUCCCCCCCAAUCAGUGGCUCUCCUUUCAGGGAAAGGCUUUUUCUUAUCAUGGCGCUAAUGUUCAUCCGUUUGCAAAAACAGAAGAAAAUUCCUGUCCCAUUGAGCCCAAAAUGUCUUUAGCAUUAUUCUCUGCACUCCGUGUGACGUGCAGAUGGGGCUAGGUUCUGAAUAUGGUGCUGCAGGGAACACAGUGUUGGGGGGUUGCGGGGAGGAAGGGACCAUGGAAAAACAUUUCAAAUUGGUCUGUGGGAAGGACUGCUGGAUGGGUGAGGCCAAGGCUCUUAGUAGCGCCAUUGAUGGGUUGUACAUUCUGUACCACGCCAUCUGGCUGAGCCCUCGCUCAGCCUCGGUGUUCCGUUCUGGCUGUGGCCAGGGUCCUGCACAGCUGUUAACCCAAAGGCCUCUGUCCGUGGUAUCUCUGAGCAUCCCCAGCCCGACACUGGAGGCAGGGCCUUGGCCAAGGUGUUUGGAAGUUAGAAAAGAGGUAGAGCUGAAAUUGAGUUCCUUUCUGUCUGUGAUUGCUGGUAACUGGUGCCAACUUUUGUACUUAUUCCCAUAAACAGUCAUGAUUCCAUACUUGAACUCCACUUGUAUGGCCAACCAUUUUUAAAGCAAAUAAACUGUAAUAGGAUGCUAGGUGCCACACCCGUCAAGUGGACUUGCCAGUUGUCUCUAUGGCUUGAGAUGCCAGUGUUUUUGUUAUACCUCUUUAGCUGGGCUCCACUCUUCAAGAAAAGCUGGCUCAGCAGUUGAGUCAGCAGCCCAGAGUAUUUACCUUUGUGUUUUGUUUCUGAGAUGGCAAAAAUGGCACAGAGAGGCUGGCUUUGCCCUCUCGUUCCAGGGGCCUGGAUUGGAAGUGGGAGUUGUAGGUCUGUAGGAAACUUUAAUAAAAGAAAUGAUUAAUAA